AUGGCUUCGGAAGCUGACAAGACUCAGCUCGAGACUAGCCAGGAGUUUACUGGCUCCGAGAACAAUGACAACACUGCCAGCAAGUCUUCUUCCGACUCUGGCGAUGCAGUCAAGGCUGUGACGCACUCUGUCAGCUGGAUUACCUACCAGGUCAUCAUCACAGCUGCUCUGGGCGGAUAUCUCUAUGGCUUCAGCGCCAACGCCAUUGCUGGAACAUUGGCUCAGCCUUCUUUCAUCGCCAAGUUCUUGUCGACCCCAGAUGCCGCCCAAAGAACCGAUGGACUCCUCGGAGGUUUCCUCGCCGGCGCCAUGGUUGGCUCUCUGGCCCAGGCUCCCCUCGCGAAGCACUACGGUCGCCGUCUCUGUAACGCCGUAGCCGCCGGCAUCGUCAUCCUGUCCGGCGCUCUCCAAGCCGCCUCUGUCAACAUUGCCAUGCUCCUCGUCUUUCGCGUCAUCUGCGGUAUCGGAGCCGGCAUGGUAUUUGCCAACUCUCCUGUGUACAUGAGCGAGGUGGCUCCUCCUCACGCUCGUGGAUCUCUCGUCGGUAUGCAGGGCGUCGGCGUUGUCACUGCCUACAUCCUCUGCGCCGUCUUCAACCUUGCCUUCAGCUACGUCCACUCGGCUAUCCAGUGGCGUCUCAUCUUCAUUGUCCUGACCGGCAUGGGCGUUGUCCACCUCAUCUCGCUCUACUUCCUCCCCGAGUCUCCUCGUUGGCUCAUGGAGCAAGGCCGUGAUGAUGAAGCACUCGCCAUUCUGGUCAAGCUGCACAAGACCAAGACGGACCCCAACGGCGUGCUUGCCCAUGCUGAGGCGACUCAGAUCAAGGCCCAGGUCGAGACUGAGAAGAAUCUGCCCGGUGGUUUCUGGUACAUCUUUACUACGCGACACCUCUUGAAGAGAGCCUACUGCUCUAUCCUUCUUUGGGUCAUGGCUCAGGGUACUGGUAUCACUGCCAUUGCCAACCUUGUCCCCGUCCUCAUGGGUGGUCUUGGAUUUGGCGUUACUCUGCAGAUGGCUCUUGGAGUUGUCUGGACUGUGUGCGCCGUUAUUGGAUGCGGUUUCAACGUUCUCCUUCUCGACCGCGUCCCUCGUGUCAGGCUUCUUGUCAUCGGUGGCUUUGGAUCUGCUGCUAUCCUCAGCGUCAUGGCCGCUCUUCAAAAGUUCUAUCUCGGCACUGACGACGGCCCCGGUCUCAACGCUGCCGUGGCCAUCUACUUCAUCUUCGGUGCUUUCUUCACCACAACAAUCGAGUGUACCGCCUAUGCCUAUGGAUCCGAGAUUUGGCCUACUCAUCUCCGCAGCGAGGGCUCGACUCUCGUCUUUGCUUCCUUCUUCGGUAACUCCAUUGCAUACAGUGCCCCCGUGACUGUUGGCUUGAAGAACAUUGGCUGGAAGUUCUACAUGAUCUUUGUUGUCGUCACCGUUAUCAGCACCAUUGCCAUUUGGUUCACCUUCCCUGAGACUAUCGGUCUUCCCCUUGAGGAAAUCAACGCCAAGUUCGGUGAAAAGGUUGAGGUCGACCUCAAGUCUGCUGUGGCCGCAGAGGUUGGACAGGAGAAGAGGGGCGAAAACAUCACAAGCAAGGCCACGGCCUAA